AUGCAAUACGAGGAAGAAAAUCCCAAAUCUGAAUUCUCGUCUUACAAUUUAACUCCGGAAAAAUUGCAAAAGACACCUCGAGGUAGUGGAUCCGGCAGAAGAGAUAUAAUGUCACAGAAUGUUGAACGUAGAAUUCACUAUACUCCUCAGAACAGUCCUGAUAAGUUUGUGAAAACUCCUCAAAGUGGCGGAUCUUUUAGGAAGGAUGAAAAAUCGCAAUUGGAGAGUAACAAACGGAAGAUUCAGUCGUCUCACAACGAAAGUCUUGAGAAAAUUCAGAAGACUUGUCCAACCGGAAAAUUUGUUAAUACCUUGAUAGGACAGUGGUCAAAACAUGUAGGAGUUCAAACUCCAAUGUCCCAAAGAACAGAAAUACAAGAAAGUCCGAUGUCGGAAGAAAUAAAACGGAUAUGUACCAUAGAAGAACGGAAGAUUCAAAAGUUGCAAAAGAAGCUACAGGCUGCUGAAGAAACUAUUUCCUUGCUCUCCGCAUCUCACGAAGCCGAGUUACGAGCUAAGGAAGAAAUAUUGCAACAAUUGAAUGGCGACUGGGAAUCUAUUACCAAAUAUUACUAUGAAAUAUCAGAGAGUUUAAAGGGAUUUCAGCAACACAAGGAUAAUCUAUCAGCAUUAUAUAACAACGUAAUCGUUGAACAACAAUCCACAGUAAAGAAGCUGCAACAGGAAUUAAGUUCUAUGAAAUUAAAAGAUGAAGAACAUAAAAAUACUAUUAGCACAGUCGAAAACAAAGUUAUAAAUCAAGAGAAAAGAAUACAGGAAAUGAUGAUUGCAGAGUUCGAAUUGAAGAAACAAUUAGAAGAGAUGAAUAAGUCUAUUUUAGAGGAAAAUCACUUGCAUAAAAUUCAUGCAGAGGAAAAUUUAGAACUAAUAAAAAAGCAAGAAAACCUCACGUCGAUGAAUCAAGAAUUACAAGUGCAAUUGAAGAAUAUUAUACAGGAGAAGCAAAAUUUGGCAAAUGUAUUCACGGAAAAGGACAAAGAAAUCUCAAAAUUGCAAGAAGAGCUUGUCACAUGCAAGAAUAAAAUUGAAGAUUUAUUAUGCCAGAAUAUGGAGUUAAUUGCAAAGUAUGAAAAAUCAACCGACAAAGAAGAGGAACUAUCUAAGCAAUUACAGUCGAGAGCACAAGAAAUCGAUAGACUUCGAGAAAAUUUAAGUGCAAGACAGGAAAUAGAAUCUAGUUUAGUUAAAGAUCUCAAUAUAAUUGACAAUGAAUAUAAAAAAAUACAAAACGAUUUUGCACAAGUAGAAAAUGAAUUAAAGAAGGCACACGCUUGCAAUUUAAAAGAAAGAGUGCAACCAGUUGCAAAAUCUAACGUAAUAGAAGUAACUAAGGAGAUAGGAAAUUAUACGCAAAUGAGUCAAGUUUAUGAAACGAAUGAGCAACAAUCUCAAAGUCAGAAAAGUGUAGGUAUGCCAAAUAUUACAUCUAGAGAUAAGAGUGAAAUAUCGAAUCCGGAACAAGAUAUAUAUAAUUUCAAUACUACAAAAAUUUAUAAUGAACUGGAAAAUGUACUGUCGCCAACGAAGCAAGAUAAAAAAAUUCAAUUUGAUUUAAACCCUCCAGUUAAGGUGAAAUUUAUUAUUUAG